GGGCGGGCUGAGGAGGGGGCGCGAGGCCGCCCUCCAUCUUAGUCUGCGGGCGCGCGCGCCGGCACCCUGUGUGUGGACUCGGGGGCGCGCCCGGGGCCGGCUGCGGCCGCGAGCCGAACGUCGCUGCGGGGAGUGCUUUUCACGAGAGGGAUCGCGGGCCCCAGCGAGCGAGGCGAGCGGCGCCAGACCCCGGCCGCCCUCCACCGGGCUCGGCGCCGAGCUGCCGGGGCGGCGCUUGCGGCGCACGUUGUGGUCGGAACCAAUGUGCGAGCGACGCUGGCGUCGGGGGGCGCCUGGCGGGGGACGGACCGCCGGCCGGAAGUGACGCGCGGCCUGACGCGGGCGGAGCGGGCGCAGGCUGCGCGGCGGCCGCGCCAUGGCGCACAUCACCAUCAACCAGUACCUGCAGCAGGUGUACGAAGCCAUCGACACCCGAGAUGGAGCGUCCUGCGCAGAGCUGGUGUCUUUCAAGCACCCGCAUGUCGCAAACCCCCGGCUGCAGAUGGCUUCUCCAGAAGAGAAAUGCCAACAAGUUUUGGAGCCACCUUAUGAUGAAAUGUUUGCAGCUCAUCUAAGGUGCACUUACGCCGUGGGGAACCAUGACUUCAUAGAGGCGUACAAAUGCCAGACGGUGAUAGUCCAGUCAUUCCUGCGAGCGUUUCAGGCCCACAAGGAAGAAAACUGGGCUCUGCCUGUCAUGUAUGCUGUAGCGCUUGACCUUCGAGUGUUUGCCAACAAUGCAGACCAGCAGUUGGUGAAGAAAGGGAAGAGCAAAGUUGGGGACAUGUUGGAGAAAGCGGCCGAGCUGCUGAUGAGCUGCUUCCGCGUCUGCGCCAGCGACACUCGUGCUGGUAUAGAAGAUUCUAAGAAGUGGGGAAUGCUGUUCUUGGUGAAUCAGUUAUUUAAAAUUUACUUUAAGAUCAACAAACUCCAUCUGUGUAAACCCCUGAUCAGAGCCAUCGACAGCUCAAACCUGAAAGAUGACUACAGCACUGCCCAGAGAGUGACCUACAAGUACUACGUUGGCCGCAAGGCCAUGUUUGAUAGUGACUUUAAACAAGCCGAGGAGUACCUGUCCUUUGCCUUCGAGCACUGCCACCGCUCCAGUCAGAAGAACAAGAGGAUGAUCCUCAUCUACCUGCUUCCCGUGAAGAUGCUGCUGGGUCACAUGCCGACCAUUGAGCUUCUGAAGAAGUACCACCUCAUGCAGUUUGCCGAAGUAACCAAAGCUGUGAGCGAGGGCAGCCUGCUCCUGCUGAACGAGGCGCUGGCGAAGCACGAGACCUUCUUCAUUCGCUGUGGCAUCUUCCUCAUCCUGGAGAAGCUGAAGAUCAUCACCUACAGGAACCUCUUUAAGAAAGUGUACCUGCUGCUCAGGACACACCAGCUGUCUCUGGACGCUUUUCUGGUUGCCCUCAAGUUCAUGCAGGUGGACGACGUGGACAUUGACGAAGUGCAAUGCAUCCUUGCCAACUUGAUAUACAUGGGUCACAUCAAGGGCUACAUCUCGCACCAGCACCAGAAGCUCGUCGUCAGCAAGCAGAACCCCUUCCCGCCGCUGUCCACCGUGUGCUGAGUGCCCCAAGCCCGCCUCUGCGGCGUGGAGGGUGCUCCCCGGGACGCUGGGGCUCGUCACACCGCUGGGAGCUGACCACAGCCUUGGGCCGACCUGGCGUUCUCUCCCGGGCUCCAGAGCCCUGUGGGCCUUCCCCGAACGUGGCCAGGCAGGGCAGCCCCGCUCUGCUUGUCCCCAGUGUUCACAGAGGCGUCCUCUGGCUGUUUGUUAUUUUUGUAGAAAAAAGCGUUCUGAAUUUGUGCAAAUGGCAUAUGCUUUGUUACGUCUCCCAGGACACCUCUGUUUCUAUUUAUUAAAUUUAAACGUCCGAAA